UUGAAACAGGUGUUUAUCCACCUCUGCCGGUUUAAAGCCUGAAAAAUGUGUGUGAAUAUUUACAGUCUUAUCCUUGGCUCCAUCGAGAACAUUUAGCCUGCACAAACUUGCACGGAAAACAAUAAUGGAAGCAUGUGGAAGUUUAUCACAUCUGGUAGAAACAUCACCUUGUUGUCUGCUUAGUGUAAGAGUGAUCAGAGCAAAGAAUCUCCGGCGAGCAGAUACCCCAAGCCAUACUGAUUGCUAUUUGACCCUAUGGCUGCCAACGGCUUCUUCUGAAAGGUUGCAGACAAAGACUGUUCAAAAUUCUAAAGACCCAGUCUGGAACGAAACUUUCCAUUUCAUGGUCCAGAGCAAAGUGAAGAACAUGCUGGAGCUGAGUGUCUUCGAUGAGGAUGUCUGCCAAGACGAACAACUUUUCACUAUUCGCUUUGAUAUAGCUGGACUCCCACUAAAUGAAAAAGUGCUCUUGUCCUUUAAGUCCAAUCCAAAGGAUCAGGAGGAGCUGGAGGUGGAAUUUGAGUUACGAAACAGUUUGAGUGUUCCUGAAACCAUUGUUACGAAUGGAACUCUUGUGGCUCGUGAAGUUUGUUGUUUGGAAUUUGAAGUAGAGAAGAAAAAAAGACAGAAAUCAAAAGGUGAACUAUCCCUUAUGAUGAAAGGUUCCCAUGAAGGACACCAGGAGCUUAGUUCAGGCCAGUCCUCAUUCCACUAUGCCAAAUAUAAGCACCCGACAAUGGAUGUUAAACUACCGAAGAAGGAUCUAGAUUAUGCCUUUGGGCCAAGCUCUUAUAACAGGAAAGAAAGAUCCCUCAGAGUGGAUAUAAAUUCACUUCCUACCAGCAAGAAAAUAGUGCUCGCAGAGAAUAAAAAAAUAGCAUUGCAUGUGAAAACAGAAGUCUGCCAGACUGACCUAGAUGUGCGCUUGGGAUAUGGCCUUUGUACACAGGAGCAAGAUUUCUUGUGCAAAAGGCAGAAGAUUGUUGCUGGGGCGUUGAAAAAUGUUCUCAAACUAGAAAAGGAUCUGCAGGAUCAUGAGGUUCCAGUAGUUGCAAUUAUGACGACAGGGGGCAGUACAAGAUCACUGACUGCGUUCUAUGGAAGCCUACGAGGUCUUCAGAAGUUAAAUCUCUUAGAUUGUGCUACAUACUUAACCGGUUUGUCUGGCACAACAUGGACCAUGGGGAACUUGUACAGAGAUGCUUGUUGGUCCAAAAAAGAUUUGGAUGAGCAAAUCAAUGAGGUGAAAAGACAUGUGACCAAGUGCAAGCUGGAUGGCUUUUCCAUAGAGCGUUUGAAAUAUUACAACAGGCAGCUGCGUGAGCGGAAAGAAGAGGGACAAAAGACAUCCUGUAUAGACCUAUGGGGGCUCCUUAUUGAAUAUUUGUUACAUGAUGGGAAAGACAACCAUAAACUGUCUGAUCAGCAGCAAGCAAUUAAUGAGGGCCAGAAUCCUUUACCAAUCUACACUGCAAUCAAUGUGAAAGAGAAGUACAGCACUAUGGAUUUCAAUGAAUGGGCUGAGUUCACACCCUAUGAAGUGGGGAUACUAAAAUAUGGAGCAUUUGUCCGUGCUGAAGAUUUUGGAAGUGAAUUCUUUAUGGGGCGUCUGAUGAAGAGGAUUCCAGAGACUCGGAUCUGUUACCUACAAGGCAUGUGGAGUAGUAUAUUUUCCCUGAAUUUGCUGUAUUUCUGGAAUGAUUCUCAAAGCCCAGAGGACUUCUGGCACAAGUGGACACAAGACCAAAUAGCUGACAUUGAUACAGAGCCUCAUCUACCCACUCGACCACAUGAUCAAAAGACGCAUCUGUACACCCCUGCUGGACCGCUAUCCAGUGCCUUUAGAGACGUACUUACUAAUCGCCUAUCAGUUGCCCAGUACCACAAUUUUCUCAGAGGUCUCCAACUGGACAAUGGCUACCUUGAGAAUGACAGUUUCCGUAGAUGGAAAGGUACUAUACUCGAUGCUUCUUCACCCAAUCAGCUGACUCAAACAGAAGAGUACUUGUCACUAGUAGAUACUGGAUUCUUCAUCAAUACAAGCGUUGCACCUAUACUGAGAAAAGAGCGGAAGGCAGACAUUAUCAUACAUCUAAAUUACAGUGCAGGAUCACAGAAGUUGCCCCUGGAACAGUCAUGCAAGUACUGUGCAGAACAAGGAAUCCCAUUUCCCAAAGCUGUGAUACAUGAAGAUGACAAACACUUGAAGGAAUGCUAUUUGUUUGACAAUGCAGAGAAUCCAGAAGCACCAGUAUUAGUAUUUUUUCCACAAGUGAAUGAUAGCUUUCGUUACUACAAAGCACCCGGUGUUAAACGCUCUCCAUCAGAAAUGAAAGAAGGCAAAGUCGAUGUCUCCAGUAACUGCACCCCUUACUCUACUUACUCCCUGACAUUCACUGACGAAGAGUACGAUCAACUAGUGAAACUGAGUGAAUACAAUAUUCUGAAUAACCAACGUAUGAUCCUGGAAGCUUUGCAUAUGGCAGUGGAACAGAGAAAAAAACUGAAUAAAUGCACAAAAUGAGAUGCUGGAAUAUGGACCCAAGCUCUCUGAGCACUCGUAAAUCUCACUGAACUUUGGUUUGGACCAAGGGGCCCUAUGGGAUAAGCCAAGCAAUUCAGGAUGUCAACAAAAGUUAUCUUUUCCCAAGACUGCUUGUGCUUUUUUCAGUGACUGAGAUUCUAAAUCAGCAUGUCACUUAUUUGAAAACUCAGCAUCAGCUGUGCUGAUUCUCCCAAGUUGGUUGCUGUGAAUCUAUCUGUACUUAGCAGGAUUAAGGAUUAUUGUGUUCGUAUCCUGUCGAUGUCCUUCCCAUAGACAUCUGGUUAGCCAAGAUGAGAACAGGAUGGCAGACUUGGAUGGACUUUGGCUCUGAUCCAGCAGGGCUACUAUUAUGUUCUUAUCUCAGGAACAAACCAAUUGUCAUGCAAAACUUAUAAUAUAGCUCCAGAUCCCUUAUGUAACAGGUAUCAUCUCUUACAUUUCAUUUCUGGGUUUGCUGUUACUAUUGGACGGGGGAGGUGCUGACAUUUGAAAGCAACCUUCAGUGAUCUCCCAGCACAUCCUUGUGUGUGUUUACUCCAGCGUAGGAGCUUAUCCACACUUCCACUUCUGCCAUACCAAGAAAGCAGACUGGGACUGCCUGUGUGCAUGCUGUGACUCUCAGCUUCUAAUCCUGUCCUGGAGGGCCCUCCUUCUCCUGAGGUCCCUUGAUGACUCAAGUCUCCUGUUUCUAGCAGCUCCCAGCUCAUCCCUUCUGCUGACUGCUCCUCAGUGUCCCACCACCAGGCUCGAGACUCUAAGGUAUCAUCUUCGGAGCCCUCCUAGGGGGCUUUUGGGAGGCAGACUCCCACCACUCCUCCUCAUCCAGCCUGUCCUUGACAACUGCUGUAGAUGUGGAGUUUACUUAACCUGCCUAUUCUGAGAUAGUCCAAUAACAAAAGGAAUUGGGUGCCAAUGUGGGGCUGCAGCUGCUUUGUAGGAGGCUUUUAAGUUGCAGAUUCAGACUGUGCCACAUGAAAAGCAGUGUUUUGCAUGGGAAUGCACAGUGCUUGGCACCAUUAGAGUUGCCACCUGGCCUGUAUAAUACAGGAUUUUUCCUGUAUUUCAAUGUAAAAUGCUGUGUCCUGCAUUGAUAGAGUUUUGUCCUAUAUUUCAGGUCUUCUCUCUCUCUCUCUCUCUCUCUCUCUCUCUCUCUCUCUCUCUCUCUCUGUGUGUGUGUGUGUGUGUGGUGUGUGUGUGUGUGUGUGUCUCCCUCUCUGUUUCUGUCUCUCUCUGCCAAGUUAGGGAUCGUCUCCAAAUGCAUGUGUUUGAAUGGGUGUGGGAAAGGACAUGCAUUUAACCUCUGGGUAGCCAAGCACAGACAGAUUUACAAAUUUGUGUGUGUGUGCAUGUGCGUGCAUACAUGUGUGCGUUUGUGUUAAAUUCCAGAGGGGUCAUCCACUUAGGCUGCAAUAGAUUGUAAUGGAUUGCUUUUGAAUCACUUCAGCA